UGUUACUUUAAAGCAAAAUGUAUUUGCGACCAUCAGAAAUUUGUUUUAGCCAGGAUUCUAUUGGACGUACGUUUGGUCGUUGUACCUCUCAUGCAUACAGACCGAUUGGCGAAACACUGGAUGAUAUUCUGACUGGAAGGAUUAAUGUGAACUCCAUUCCUAAUUUUUCUGUUUACAACAAAAAUGGAAAAUGGUUUACAGCUGACAACAGAAGGUUGUGGGUGUUCCAAGAGGCUGAAAAACGUGGAAAGUGUAACGCAAUUUAUGUUCGAGAGACCUCGUACAUUGAUUACAACAAGUUUACUACAAGGAACGAUGGCGAUUCCGUUUACGUCCGAGGAAACCCGGGUGGGUAUCUAUGGCAAAACAUGCCGAUAAAGAAAAUAGAACCAAAUGAUAAACCCCACAGUACGUGUUUGCAAACGAUCCCUAACAGCUCCUACACGUAUCAAAACCAUAUUGAGAAGAUGGAUACCACUGAUAUAUGUUCAACCGAACUUAAACGCAAUGUUUACACGUUUAAUGAAAUGUCAAUAACGAAACGUGAAGAAAGUCUAUGUUUUGAUCAUGACAUUUCUAGAGAUGUCAAUGUAAUGUAUGUAGGAAGUGAAAACCAGUAUAUUAUUAAUGUUGACUCUGAUUUUGAUGUCUUGGGUCAGCAUUAUAGCAGAGCAAAACCAAAUGUAACUGAAACAGUGAUGGAGGGAAAAGUUGAAAACGAAAGGGAAAUAAGAUAUUAUGAGGAGGCUGUAAAUAAUUCACUUGAUAUUCUAAGAAUUCCAAUUUAUAUGGGUUCAGAUUCAGAAACAUCUGAACAACUGGAGAACAGGGAUGUUGUUGUGACCAUGUUUGAUGAAACCAAUGACAACCCCCUUAAAUGUAAAAAAUCCAAACGCUGUAUUUUAUUUAUAUGGUGCUUUGUUCUGGUUUUAAUUGCAUUAUUAGGGCUCCGCUCUGCGGGCGACCUGUAG